AGACUUCCGGCGCGCUCGGAUGACGCACGGCACCCGGCUUCCGCGUUGGGAGCUGGCGACAGAACCUGGGACGCGGAGAGCUGGGGUCGCGGCUGCGGGGCGGCCCGCGGGCCCAGGGUGGGGAUGCACCGGCGCGGGGUGGGAGCCGGCGCCAUUGCCAAGAAGAAACUCGCCGAGGCCAAGUAUAAGGAGCGAGGGACUGUCUUGGCCGAGGACCAGCUGGCCCAGAUGUCAAAACAGCUAGACAUGUUCAAGACCAACCUAGAAGAAUUUGCCAGCAAGCACAAGCAAGAGAUCCGGAAGAAUCCUGAGUUCCGAGUCCAGUUCCAGGACAUGUGUGCUACCAUCGGGGUGGAUCCCCUGGCCUCUGGAAAAGGGUUUUGGUCUGAGAUGCUGGGCGUUGGGGACUUCUAUUAUGAACUGGGUGUCCAGAUUAUUGAAGUGUGCCUGGCCCUAAAACAUCGGAAUGGAGGUCUGAUAACUCUGGAGGAGCUACAUCAGCAGGUGUUAAAAGGAAGGGGCAAGUUUGCUCAGGAUGUCAGCCAAGACGACCUGAUCAGGGCCAUCAAGAAGCUGAAAGCCCUGGGCACUGGAUUCGGCAUCAUCCCUGUGGGAGGCACGUACCUCAUUCAGUCUGUUCCAGCUGAGCUCAAUAUGGAUCACACUGUUGUGCUGCAGCUGGCCGAGAAAAACGGGUAUGUGACUGUCAGUGAAAUCAAAACCAGUCUUAAAUGGGAGGCUGAGCGAGCUCGACAAGUGCUGGUAUGUGACAGAUGGCCCUGGGGCUCAGAGACAGCCUUGCUUUAUUCCCAUCAGGAAGCCCAGCAUCUCUGUCAGCAACACCGAGAAGGCAGAACUUCCCUAAAGCUGGCCUCUUCCUUGAAAAUGCACACUGGGUACUGAGGGACCAGUGGUACCCACCAACUUCCCUGAAAACCUAGAACCUUGAGCUCUUGAUCGGGGGCAUGACAAAUAUAGUUUGCACUGAAGAUAGCACAGAGCAAAGGGAAUUGGUAACCACUGGAGAUAAUUAUCUAUCUGUAAUUACAAACUACAUAUUAAAUUAUAUGGUGGAUAAUUUUGCAUAUACAGACUUAUCUAGUGAAACACUUAGGUUCAAAGAGAGAGCACAAUGAAGGAACACUUUGUUUCAGUACCUUUCCCUUAUCCCAGCCAAGUCUUUGCACUUCUAUCUGUAAAAUGAGAGAAAAUACAUUAUGUGCCUAAAAUGUGUUGGACAGUCAACAGCUUAUCUUAGGAACUGAGUCAAUUGUAGCUUCCAAUUUGCUCCCUGCAAAUUAUCUGAAAGCCAUCCAGAACACUGAUCUCCACUUGCUCUGGGGAGCUGGUGAGACAGGCAGUGUAUCAGCAUAUACUGUUGGAGCCUUGCAUUCUUUCCACUGACUUCAACUGUACUGCAGCUGGACAUUCAGGCUGUGACCAAAGCCAAACACAAUUCCUUCUGGGUGUGUGAACAAAUGAAGGCACAUGUAAGUUGUCUGCAAACUUCCCAGAAGUUAAAGUAGGUGUGGGGGCUGCUUAGCUCCCCAAAUAUAACUACUCCCCCUUUUCUCAUGUCAGUCCUGUCUCUUCCUACAGGAGCACCUGCUGAAGGAAGGACUGGCCUGGCUGGAUCUGCAGGCUCCAGGGGAGGCCCACUACUGGCUGCCAGCUCUUUUCACAGAUCUCUACUCCCAGGAGAUAUCAGUUGAGGAGGCCAAAGAAGCCUUUCCUUGACUGAGUGUGGAGGGGUAGACAGCAGCAGGCCAAAAGACGUCCUGUCUGUGAAUAAACCUGGACAACUUUGUUUAUAAAAAAAGUUCAAAGUUA